CGCCGCUCCUCCCGCCGGGACUGGAAGCCAGGAUGCCCACUCCCCAGGAGAAUCACCAAGGGUCCGUCCACGGGAGCCCCCGCCCGGCUCACGCCAACAUGAACGCCAACGCGGCCGCGGGCCUGGCGCCCGAGCAUAUCCCGACGCCCGGGGCGGCCCUGUCCUGGCAGGCGGCCAUCGACGCGGCCCGGCAGGCCAAGCUGAUGGGCAGCGCCGGGCACGCCACCAUCUCCACCGUCAGCUCCACCCAACGGAAGCGCCAACAGUACGGGAAGCAGAAGAAGCAGGGGAGCGCCGCCACCACCCGCCACCCCCGGGCCCUGCUCUGCCUCACCCUCAAGAACCCCGUCCGCAGGGCCUGCAUCAGCGUCGUCGAGUGGAAACCCUUCGAAAUCAUCAUUUUACUGACCAUCUUUGCCAACUGCGUGGCCUUAGCCAUCUACAUUCCCUUUCCAGAAGACGACUCCAACGUCACCAACUCCAACCUGGAACGAGUGGAAUACCUCUUCCUCAUCAUUUUCACAGUGGAAGCGUUUUUAAAAGUCAUAGCCUAUGGACUCCUCUUCCACCCUAAUGCUUACCUCCGGAAUGGCUGGAAUUUACUUGAUUUUAUCAUCGUGGUGGUCGGCCUCUUCAGCGCCAUCCUAGAACAAGGGACCAAGACAGAUGGGUCCAACGCUCUGGGCGGGAAAGGCGCCGGCUUCGAUGUCAAGGCUCUGAGGGCCUUCCGGGUCCUGCGGCCCCUGCGGCUGGUGUCCGGUGUCCCCAGCCUCCAGGUGGUCUUGAAUUCCAUCAUCAAGGCCAUGGUCCCCCUGCUGCACAUCGCCCUGCUGGUGCUGUUCGUCAUCAUCAUCUACGCCAUCAUCGGUCUGGAGCUCUUCAUGGGGAAGAUGCACAAGACGUGCUACAACAUCCAGGAGGGCCUGGCAGACGCCCCCGUGGAAGACGACCCGUCGCCCUGCGCCCUGAGCAGCGGGCACGGCCGCCAGUGCGCCAACGGCACCGUGUGCCGGGCCGGCUGGGACGGGCCCAAGCACGGCAUCACCAACUUCGACAACUUCGCCUUCGCCAUGCUGACCGUCUUCCAGUGCAUCACCAUGGAGGGCUGGACUGACGUCCUCUACUGGGUGAAUGAUGCAGUGGGACGGGACUGGCCGUGGAUAUAUUUUGUUACGCUAAUCAUCAUAGGGUCAUUUUUUGUUCUUAAUUUGGUUCUCGGUGUCCUUAGCGGAGAGUUUUCCAAAGAGAGGGAGAAAGCAAAGGCGAGGGGAGACUUCCAGAAGUUGCGAGAGAAGCAGCAGCUGGAGGAGGACCUGAAGGGGUACCUGGACUGGAUCACCCAAGCGGAGGACAUCGAUCCGGACAACGAGGAUGAAGGCAUGGAGGAGGAGAAACCCAGAAAUAUGAGCAUGCCCACCAGCGAGACGGAGUCCGUCAACACCGAGAACGUGCCCGGCGGCGACAUCGAGGGCCAGAGCUGUGGGGCGAGGCUGGCGCAUCGGAUCUCCAAGUCCAAGUUCAGCCGCUACUGGCGCCGGUGGAAUCGCUUCUGCCGGCGCAAAUGCCGGGCGGCCGUCAAGUCCAACGUGUUCUACUGGCUGGUCAUCUUCCUGGUCUUCCUGAACACGCUGACCAUCGCCUCCGAGCACUACAACCAGCCCGACUGGCUCACUGAGGUCCAAGACACGGCGAACAAGGUUCUGCUGUCGCUCUUCACGGCCGAGAUGCUGCUGAAGACGUACAGCCUGGGGCUGCAGGCCUACUUCGUUUCCCUCUUCAACCGCUUCGACUGCUUCAUCGUGUGCGGUGGCAUCCUGGAGACCAUCCUGGUGGAGACCCAGAUCAUGUCCCCCCUGGGCAUCUCCGUGCUCAGAUGCGUCCGCCUCCUGCGCAUAUUUAAGAUCACCAGGUACUGGAACUCCUUGAGCAACCUGGUGGCAUCACUGCUGAACUCGGUGCGCUCCAUCGCCUCGCUGCUGCUCCUGCUCUUCCUCUUCAUCAUCAUCUUCUCCCUCCUGGGCAUGCAGCUCUUCGGCGGCAAGUUCAACUUCGAUGAGAUGCAGACGCGGCGAAGCACCUUCGACAACUUUCCCCAGAGCCUCCUCACCGUCUUUCAGAUCCUGACGGGGGAGGACUGGAAUUCGGUGAUGUAUGAUGGAAUCAUGGCUUAUGGCGGCCCCUCUUUUCCAGGGAUGUUGGUCUGUAUCUACUUCAUCAUCCUCUUCAUCUGUGGAAACUAUAUCCUGCUGAAUGUGUUCUUGGCCAUAGCAGUGGACAAUCUGGCUGACGCCGAGAGCCUCACGUCUGCUCAGAAGGAGGAAGAGGAGGAGAAGGAGAGGAAAAAGCUAGCUAGGACCGCCAGCCCCGAGAAGAAGCAGGAGGCGGAGAAGCCGCCCGUGGAGGAGGAAACCAAGGAGGAGAAGAUCGAGCUGAAGUCCAUCACCGCGGAUGGAGACUCGGUGCCCGCCACCAAGAUCAACAUGGAGAACCUUCAGCCCAACGAGAAUGAGGAGAACACCCCCUACACAAACCCGGAGGCUACAGGAGAGGAGGAAGAGGAGGAGGAGGAGCCCGAGAUGCCAGUUGGCCCCCGCCCUCGCCCGCUGUCGGAACUGCACCUCAAAGAGAAGGCCGUGCCCAUGCCGGAUGCCAGCGCCUUCUUCAUCUUUGGCCCCAGCAACAGGUUCCGACGCCAGUGUCACCGCAUCGUCAACGACACCAUCUUCACCAACCUGAUCCUCUUCUUCAUCCUGCUGAGCAGCGUCUCCCUGGCCGCGGAGGAUCCCGUCCGCAACUCCUCUUUCCGGAAUCAGAUUUUAUUUUAUUUUGAUAUAGUUUUUACUACCAUUUUCACCAUUGAAAUUGCUCUGAAGAUCCUAGGCAAUGCAGACUAUGUCUUCACUAGUAUCUUUACAUUAGAAAUUAUUCUUAAGAUGACGGCCUACGGGGCCUUCCUGCACAAGGGCUCCUUCUGCCGGAAUUAUUUCAACAUCCUGGACCUGCUCGUCGUCAGCGUGUCCCUCAUCUCUUUCGGGAUCCAGUCCAGCGCCAUUAACGUGGUAAAGAUCCUGAGGGUUUUGCGUGUGCUCCGCCCCCUGAGGGCCAUCAACAGAGCCAAAGGCCUCAAGCACGUGGUGCAGUGUGUAUUCGUGGCCAUCCGCACCAUCGGGAACAUCGUCAUCGUCACCACCCUGCUGCAGUUCAUGUUCGCCUGCAUCGGCGUCCAGCUGUUCAAGGGCAAGCUGUACAGCUGCACGGACAGCUCCAAACAAACAGAGGCAGAAUGCAAGGGAAACUACAUCACGUACAAGGACGGCGAGGUCGCCCACCCUAUCAUCCAGCCCCGCAGCUGGGAGAACAGCAAGUUCGACUUCGACAACGUCCUGGCUGCCAUGAUGGCCCUCUUCACCGUGUCCACCUUCGAGGGCUGGCCCGAACUCCUGUACCGCUCCAUCGACUCCCACACCGAGGACGUGGGCCCCACCUACAACCACCGGGUGGAAAUCUCCGUCUUCUUCAUCAUCUACAUCAUCAUCAUCGCCUUCUUCAUGAUGAACAUCUUCGUCGGCUUCGUCAUCGUCACCUUCCAGGAGCAGGGCGAGCAGGAGUACAAGAACUGCGAACUAGACAAAAACCAGCGCCAGUGUGUGGAGUACGCCCUGAAGGCCCGCCCUCUGCGCCGUUACAUCCCCAAGAACCGACACCAAUACAAAGUGUGGUACGUCGUUAACUCCACGUACUUCGAGUACCUCAUGUUUGUACUCAUCCUGCUCAACACCAUCUGCUUGGCCAUGCAGCACUACGGUCAGAGCUGCCUCUUCAAGCAAGCCAUGAACAUCCUCAAUAUGGUCUUCACCGGACUCUUCACCGUCGAGAUGAUCCUGAAGCUGAUCGCCUUCAAACCCAAGGAUUACUUUAGUGAUCCUUGGAAUGUUUUUGACUUCCUGAUCGUAAUUGGCAGCAUAAUUGACGUCAUUCUCAGUGAAACUAAUCACUAUUUCUGUGAUGCAUGGAACACAUUUGACGCCUUGAUUGUUCUGGGUAGCAUUGUUGAUAUAGCUAUCAGCGAGGUGAACCCAGCUGAACAUAGCCAGUGCUCCUCUUCCUCUGUGAACGCAGAGGAAAAUUCCCGCAUCUCCAUCACUUUCUUCCGCCUGUUCCGGGUUAUGCGCCUGGUCAAGCUCCUGAGCCGUGGGGAGGGGAUCCGGACGCUGCUGUGGACCUUCAUCAAGUCUUUCCAGGCCCUCCCUUACGUGGCUCUUCUGAUCGUGAUGCUGUUUUUCAUCUAUGCCGUGAUCGGCAUGCAGGUGUUUGGAAAAAUCGCCCUGAACGACACCACCGAGAUCAACAGAAACAACAACUUCCAGACCUUCCCUCAAGCAGUGCUGCUGCUCUUCAGGUGCGCCACGGGCGAGGCCUGGCAGGAGAUCAUGCUGGCCUGUAUGCCGGGCAAGAAGUGCGCCCCGGACUCGGACAUGCAGAACGCCACCGUGGCCCCCGCCACGGACCCCACCGCCCUCACCGAGGCCGAGCCCCCCUGCGGGAGCAGCUUCGCCGUGUUUUAUUUCAUCAGUUUCUACAUGCUCUGUGCCUUCCUGAUCAUCAACCUGUUCGUGGCCGUCAUCAUGGACAACUUCGACUACCUGACUAGGGACUGGUCUAUCCUGGGCCCACAUCACCUGGACGAGUUCAAGCGGAUCUGGGCCGAGUACGAUCCGGAGGCUAAGGGCCGGAUCAAACAUCUGGACGUGGUGACGCUGCUCCGAAGGAUCCAGCCUCCUCUGGGCUUUGGGAAGCUCUGCCCUCACCGGGUAGCUUGCAAACGUCUGGUGUCCAUGAACAUGCCCCUGAACAGCGACGGGACGGUCAUGUUUAAUGCCACCCUUUUCGCCCUGGUCCGCACCGCGCUCAGGAUCAAGACCGAAGGAAACCUCGAACAAGCCAACGAGGAGCUCCGGGCGAUCAUCAAGAAAAUCUGGAAGCGCACGAGCAUGAAACUGCUCGACCAAGUCGUGCCCCCCGCGGGUGACGACGAGGUGACGGUCGGGAAGUUCUACGCCACGUUCCUGAUCCAGGAGUAUUUCCGGAAGUUCAAGAAGCGCAAGGAGCAGGGAUUGGUGGGAAAACCCUCCCAGAGGAACACUCUCUCCUUGCAGGCCGGCCUGCGCACCCUCCACGACAUUGGGCCGGAGAUCCGCCGGGCCAUCUCCGGGGACCUCACGGCCGAGGAGGAGCUGGACAAGGCCAUGAAGGAAGCCGUCUCCGCCGCCUCCGAGGAUGACAUCUUCAGGAGAGCCGGUGGCCUCUUUGGAAACCACGUCAGCUACUACCAAAGCGACGGCAGGGCCUGCUUCCCCCAGCACCUGGCCACCCAGCGGCCCCUACACAUCAACAAGGCGGCGAGCGGCCAAGGCCAACCGGGGUCGCCCUCCCACGAGAAGCUGGUGGACCCCACCUUCACCCCCAGCAGCUAUUCCUCGUCGGGCUCCAACGCCAACAUCAACAACGCCAACAACACGGCCCUGGGCCGCUUCUCCGGUCCCACCGGUUUCCCCGGCUACACCAGCACCGUCUGCGUGAUGGAGGACCCCGACCUGCCGUCGUCGCCCGCCCCCCGAGGGCUCGAGGCUCCGUGGAAGCGCAGUGCCAAGAGGGUCAGCUGUCGGCGGCCGGGGGGCGCGGCCCAGCCCGAGGAGCGGGGGCCCGGCCGGGCCGGCCAGGACCACCUGGACCCAGACCUGGCCUACUGCAACACGCUGUCCUCCCGGGAUGAUGAAGAAGGCGGCGGCCAGCGGACCCCGCCGCCCCCGCCCCCGCCGCCGCCGCCGCCGGACCCGCGCCCCGCACGCCCCUCCCCAAAGCGGGGCUUCCUCCGCUCCGCCUCCCUCGGCCGGAGAGCCUCCUUCCACAUGGACUGCCUGAGGAGGCCCAGGGAGCAAGGAGCCGGAGCCGUAGUGGACGCCCCCCACAAAUCAGCGCUGCCCCUGCACCUGCUGCGACACCAGGCUUUGGCGGUGGCCGGCUUGAGCCCCCUCCCGCAGAGAAGCCAUCCCCCGGCCGCGUUCCCUCGGCCCUGCGCUACGCCCCCCGCGACGCCCUGCGGUCGCCCCUGGCCCCCGCAGCCCGUGCCCACCCUGCAGCUGGACGGGGUGGCGGCCAGCGAGAAGCUCAACAGCAGCUGCCCCUCAGUGCACCGCAGCUCCCGGCACUCGGAGGGAGGCCGUGGCCGAGGGGGCAGCCCGAGGAGGGCCAGGCCUGUGUCCCUGACGGUGCCCGGGCCGGGGGCCGGGCCGGGAGCCGGGCCUUUCCACGGCAGUGCCAGCAGCCUGGUGGAAGCGGUGUUGAUUUCGGAAGGACUGGCGCAGUUCGCCCACGACCCCAAGUUCCUGGAGGUGACGACCCAGGAGCUGGCCGACGCCUGCGACCUGACGAUAGAGGAGAUGGAGAGCGCGGCCGACCACAUCCUCAGCGGCGGGGACGCGGGAGGGGGCGGCCAGAGCCCCCAGGACAGCCUCCUGCUGCUGCUGGACUGCAGGGCCCCGGGCCCGGACAGUGCGGGGGAGUCCGACCAGGAGGACGAGGACAAGGAGGAGGAGGAGGAGGAGGAGGCCGACGAGGAGGCCGAGUCCUCCCCCAGCAGGGCCCGGGGUCCGCAGGGCUCCCAGGAGCGGGAGGAAGAAGACGGGGAGGGUCUUCAGCACAGCAGGGUCUGCGUCAGCGGCCUGUAGUGGACGGCGCUGGAGCCAUGCGGUUUUUAUUUGUUUCGAUGUUCCUAAGGGGUUUGUUUCUGAAGUGCCUCACUGUUCUCGUGACCUGGAGUUAACCUGAACAGAGUUCUUCAUUCAUUUCGCAGAGUUGGGGUGGGGGAGAAGAUAAAAGGGGGGGGGGGGGUGUGGAGAGAGAAUUUAAGAGGAAGAGGACCCCCCAUCCCCACCCUCCCCCAGGGAGAGGAAGAAGGGGCGACGGGGUGGGCCUGGGGGCCCUCGCAUAGAGGAAGAGGAGGCUGAUUUCUGGCUCCCCCCCCCUCCACAGGAGGAUCUCCCCUCCCUCCCCCUGCCCCGAACGGGGGUCUUUCGACUUUGCUGGUCAACGUUUUGCACAUGUUGGGUUGGAGACGGAGCGGCAAGGCCGGACGCCGGGAAGGGGGGAGACCUGACGGAGCAUCCUUCGCCGAGGAUCCCGCCCCGGGGGGAGGAGGAGGAGGAGGAAGGAGGAGCGAGAGGCCUGGGGGGCCUCCGCACCCCCAGCCCACCCAACGGGGAGACCCCAGGGGGGAACCACCGUCGACCCCGCAUCAACCACCCCAGGCCGGGCCUGCCGGAGAAUCAGGGCCUGGGCGAGGGGAGAUGGAAGAGGGGCGGAGAGGCCGCCAGCUGUACAUCUUUCUUCGUUUGCUACUUCUUAAACGCAUGUUCCAAUCUUUCGUUCCGAUUUUGGGGGUCUGGGGGCGCCGGGGGCCGGUGACGCGACCCCCGGGAUUCCCGGGAGCACCUUUUUUUGGGUCUUUUGUUUCGUUUUCAUUUCUUGGGCCGAUGGAAAAUGGGUUUGGCUCCAUCCUUAUCGUUUCGACUUUUCUUUCCCGUGGGAGAAGUGGCCGUGGGGGCGUCCCCCCCUCCGCCCGCAUGCUCGCCCUUGAUAAUAAGGUUGGUAUUUGUUAAGCGCUCACCGUGUGCCAAGCACUGUUCUAAGCGCUGGGGGGGGAUACGAGGUG